CAACACUAAACUUUUCGGCACUGUGAUAUUAACAAUGCGGAAAAAUAUACAAAAUCAAAUAAAACGUUAAUACUUUCCGCAGUGUGAGAAACCACCGAAAUAAAAAAGUCAUCUCCCUAGCAGUAAAACCUCCGUUACGAGUGAAAUGUAUUAGUAAUGGCGUCGUGAAUUUACAUUGCAAAAUAAAUACAAACUUUUUUAUUAAAAAUGGCUGUAGAUUUAAAAUUUAAUUUAAAUGUUAGUUUAAAUAGGGAAGAGACAAAAGUGUCCCAAGAUAAGAUUUGCAUUUCUUGUUUAAAAAAAGAAGUGCCUUUUAUAUCUUUGUCAAAUUGUGUACAUGUUAAGGUUUUCGAUUUUCUACUGGACUGUAAGAUGGAGUUACUGGACCAUUUAAUAUGUUACACAUGCCAUAGUGUGUUAAAAAAAAUACAAGACUUUAAAAAUCAAGUCAACCACAGCAUGAAUAAAUUGUAUCAUGAGUCAAAAUAUCUGAAAACAGUAAAUGUAUACACACAGAAUCUUCAAUUUUCAACUAUAGAAAUAAAUUCAACAACAAAAUCACAACCGAUCGAAGUUCAAAUAUUAGAACCGACAGUCACAGAUACAUUCAUAGAUAUAGAAACGGAAGUUAAAAUAGAACGUAAAUCUGACACCGAACAGGACGUACCUUUGAUAGAGUUGCAGAAAGAAAAAAAAAGAACGAAAGUCAGUAAGGCGAAGACGCCAUUACAAAAAAAAUACGAGGGAAAAAUACGUACAAUAAUGCUGAGCGAGGAGGAAAUGCUGGACGAGAGGAAAGAUGAAGCGUUGAAGAAUAGUUAUUUAAAAUUACCAUUUAAAUGUGCAUUUUGUAUCACGGGUUUCGAUCAUGAAUUGACGUUGAAAAAUCACAUGGAGAAACGUCAUGGUAAAAAGAGCGACGGCAUUGAAUGCAAGAUCUGCAAUUCAAUUCUGGGCACGAAGACGUCGUACGAUGAACAUUAUAAAAGGCAUUUUAGAAGAUACGAGUGCGUUGAAUGCGGACGACGCAAUAAUAACGUCUAUACGGUGCUGAAACAUUACAACGAAUGUCAUGGAAGGAUAAAGACGAAGUUCUCGUGUAAAUUAUGUGAUUUUUCCACAGAGUCGCACAGAAUCUACCGUUAUCACCGCGACAAGCAUCGCACGAAGAAGGUCGAAUGUGAACUGUGUGGUAACUCCUUUGUCAACAAUGCCGGCUUGAAGAUACAUAUGUUCACGGUGCACCGGCAGUCGAGUCGCGUGUACUCUUGCGACAAGUGCGGCAAGGUGUACCGCGCCAAGUCCGGUCUGGCGGCGCACGCGGCGAAGCACUCGCCCGCCGCGCCCGCCUACUGCGCCGACUGCGGCACGCACUUCCAGACGCACCUCGGCCUCAAGUACCAUCUCAAGCACCACUCGCGGCACAGCGACAAGAGAUUCGCCUGUAACGAAUGCGAUGCGAAAUUCAUAGUAAAGAGGUCUCUUCAAGACCACAUAGACUGGAUGCACUUGAACAACACUGAACACGCUUGCAACAAAUGUACAAAGGUAUUUAUAAACAGUGCCAGUUUAAAGAAGCACAGGGAAUUUGUCCAUGAAAAGAAAAGGCCACCGAGGAAUAAGAUCUGCGAUCACUGCGGGAGGGGGUUUACGUCGCUGUCUAUCCUGCGGUCGCACAUCCGAACGCACACGGGCGAGCGUCCCCUGCAGUGCGCGCAGUGCCCCGCCACCUUCGCGCACUCCGCCGCGCUCUACACGCACAACAAAUUAUUACACACUAAAACCUAAUAAACGCGUUAA